AUGGCUACACCAGUCCAAGCUUCUACUGUAAUUCGUGUUAAACCACAUCAUUAUAUUCAUGUAUUAGAUAAUAAUACAAAUGUUACAAGAGUUGAAGUUGGACCACAAACAUUUACUAGACAAGAUCAUGAACGUGUAUUAAAUCCAACUCCAUUACCAAUGAUUUUGAUCCCACCAAGACAAUAUUGUAUUAUUGAAAACCCAAUUAUUAGAGAUAAAGAAGGUAAAUUAGUUGUUGAUAAAUUCAAUCAACCAAAACUCCGUCAUGGUGAUCAAGAAAUUCGUUUCUCUCAAGAUCCAUUCCCAUUAUAUCCAGGUGAAGUUGUCAUUGCUCAACCAGUUCCAUUACAAGUCAUCCAAACCAAUAGUGCACUUCGUUUGAAAUGUCUUCGUGAUUUCGUUGAAGUCAAAGCUGACAAAACCACAGUCAGUCACAUUGCUGGUGAUGAAUGGUUAUUCGAAGGUCCAGGUACCUAUUAUCCACGUGUUGAAGUUCAAGUUGUUGAACCAGUUCGUGCAGUUAUCAUCAAAGAAAAUCAAGCACUCAAAUUACGUGCUCGUCUCUCAUUUGUUGACCGUCGUGAUGUAGUUCGUCAAGUUGGUGAAGAAUGGUUAGUUCGUGAAAGUGGUGCCUAUCUUCCAGGUGUCAGUGAAGAAAUUGUUGGUUUCAUUCAAGCCUUAGUCUUAACCGAUCGUAUCGCUUAUCAAUUAUUAGCCACUCGUUCAUUCACCGAUAGCUUUGGUAAAGUUAGAAAAGCUGGUGAAGAAUGGAUUAUCACUCAAAAGGAUUGUGAUACCUAUAUCCCAGAUGUCAAUGAAAAAGUCAUUCGUGAUAUUAAAGCUAUCACUCUUACCAAUCGUCAAUACUGUAUCGUUGAGAAUCCAAUUGAUCCAAAAACCGGUAAAAAUAAAUUGGGUCACAAAGAACUCCUCCAAGGUGAUCGUACUUUCUUCCUUAUGCCAGGUGAAAGUUUAGUUAAAGGUAUCCAAAAUGUUAAUGUUUUAUCUGAAGAUGAAGCUUUACUCUUAAGUGCCAAAGAGGAAUUUGUCGAAAAGAAAGGUACCACCACCAUCGUUCACAAACCAGGUGAUCUUUGGAUGAUUUAUGGUCCAUGUGAUUACAUUCCACCAAUUCAAGUCGAUGUUGUUGAACGUAGAAAGCGUAUUCCAUUAGAUGUCAACGAAGGUAUCUAUGUCCGUGAUAUUAAAACUGGUAAAGUUCGUUCAGUUCAUGGUUCAUCCUACAUGUUAUUACCAAAUGAAGAACGUUGGGCUAAACCAUUAGCACCAAUCGUCGAAGAACUCCUCAAAAAAUCUGCAUCACGUGAUCAAAAUGAAGAACACAAUGAAUCUGAUCGUGAUUCAACCAAAGUUAUCACCUAUCGUGUACCACACAAUGCCGCCGUUCAAAUCUUUGAUUACAGAAAGAAAGAAGCUCGUGUUGUAUUUGGUCCAGAACUUGUUAUGUUAGAACCAGAUGAGGAAUUCACUGUUCUCUCUUUAUCUGGUAAGAUUCCAAAACGUCCAAAUCACAUUCGUUCAUUGGCUCUCUUCUUGGGUCCAGAUUUCAUGACCGAUUUAAUCACUGUCGAAACUGCUGAUCAUGCUCGUCUCUCACUCAAAUUAUCUUACAACUGGCACUUUAAGGUCGAGCAAGACAAUCCAUCCAAAUUAUUCGCCACCUCUGAUUUCACUGGUGAUUUAUGUAAAGCCACUGGUAGUUUAGUUCGUGCCGCCGUCGCUGCCAGCACCUUUGAUAACUUCCACAAACACUCUUCCGAUAUCAUUCAACAAGCCGUUUUCGGUUCAACCGAUGGUUCAAGCAAUGAUUGCUUAUACUUUGAAACCAAUGGUUUGGUCAUCACAAACAUUGAUGUUCAAUCUGUAGAACCAGUCGAUCAACGUACUCUUGAUUCUUUACAAAAAUCUGUUCAAUUAGCCAUUGAAAUUACCACCAAAUCACAAGAAGCCACUGCUCGUCAAGAAGCUGAACGUUUAGAACAAAUGGCUCGUGGUGAACUUGAACGUCAAAAGAUUAUCGAUGAAGCCAAGAACGAAGAAUCUCGUUCCAAAUUGGUCCAAUUACAAGCUCAAUCAGCUGCUGUCGAAUCAACUGGUCAAGCUGUUGCUGAAGCUCGUGCUCGUGCUGAAGCCGCCAUCAUUGAAGCUGAAAGUGAAAUCAAACAAGCUCGUCUCUCAACCAGAGCCAUUGAAAUUGAAGCUCUCUCUGAAAUUGAAAAUCUUAAAGCCAAACAUAUUGUUGAAAUCCAACACAUCAAAUCACUCAACAAUCUCGAAUUAAUUAAAGCCAAAGAAAGUGCUACCAUCGAAACUACCAAAUUCGAAAACUAUGUUGAAGCCCUCGGUUCCGAUACUAUCAAAUCAAUCGCCCAAGCUCCAGAAGAAACCAAGGCUAAAUUAUUAGCUGGUUUGGGUCUCAAAUCAUUCAUGAUUACUGAUGGUAAAUCACCACUCAAUCUUUUCGAUACUGCCAAUGGUUUAAUUGCUGAUGCUCAAAGAUCAGAAGUCGAUGAAGAAUAA